AUGUCCAUGGAAGACGAAGUCGCUGCCUUGGUUAUCGACAAUGGAUCUGGCAUGUGCAAGGCUGGCUUUGCUGGUGACGACGCUCCCCGUGCUGUUUUCCCUUCAAUCGUCGGUCGCCCGCGUCACCAAGGUGUGAUGGUCGGUAUGGGGCAGAAGGAUUCUUAUGUUGGUGAUGAGGCCCAAUCCAAGCGUGGUAUCCUUACCUUGAAAUAUCCCAUCGAGCAUGGUAUCGUCACUAACUGGGACGAUAUGGAGAAGAUCUGGCAUCACACUUUCUACAACGAACUUCGUGUCGCCCCCGAAGAGCACCCCGUUCUCCUCACUGAGGCUCCCCUCAACCCCAAGGCCAACCGAGAGAAGAUGACCCAGAUCAUGUUCGAGACAUUCAACGCACCCGCCUUCUACGUCGCCAUCCAAGCCGUCCUCUCUCUCUAUGCUUCCGGUCGUACAACCGGUAUCGUCCUCGACUCUGGUGAUGGUGUCACCCACACCGUCCCCAUCUAUGAAGGUUUCUCCUUGCCUCACGCUAUCCUCCGUCUCGAUCUUGCUGGUCGUGACCUUACCGAUUUCUUGAUCAAGAAUUUGAUGGAGCGAGGAUACCCCUUCACCACCACGGCCGAGCGUGAAAUCGUUAGAGAUAUCAAGGAGAAGUUGUGCUACGUUGCCUUGGAUUUCGAACAGGAAUUACAAACUGCCGCCCAAUCAUCCGCCCUGGAGAAGAGCUACGAACUGCCCGAUGGACAAGUCAUCACCAUCGGUAACGAGCGAUUCCGUGCCCCCGAGGCCCUCUUCCAACCCGCCUUCCUUGGUCUUGAAGCUGCUGGUAUCCACGAGACAACAUACAACUCCAUCUUCAAGUGUGAUCUUGAUAUCCGUCGCGAUCUCUACGGAAACGUCGUCCUCUCUGGUGGUACUACCAUGUUCCCCGGCAUUGCUGACCGCAUGCAGAAGGAGUUGACCGCCUUGUCGCCUUCAAGCAUGAAGGUCAAGAUCGUCGCCCCCCCUGAGCGAAAGUACUCCGUCUGGAUUGGUGGUUCUAUCUUGGCCUCCCUCAGCACCUUCCAGAAUCUUUGGUGUUCUAAGCAAGAAUACGACGAGUCAGGCCCUGCUAUUGUUCAUCGCAGUACGUAUCUAUCCCCUUCUGCUCAUGAAGGUGAUGUUGAGAUGGAGUCGCAGAGUGCUUCUAAAUGCCGUUAUUGGAGUAAUGAAAAUCGGCGGUUAGAGUUGGAUGAUGGGAUGGAUUGGGCAGAGGUGCUCGACGGAAGAAGUUCUUUACAUCAACGAAUAAUGUCUAUUCAUGUGGAUUCUAUACACUUUUGUUUCACGACCAUGGGACGAGCUUGA